AUGCUGACUAUAAUGCUAGUACGUGGUGUAAUGCUGCCUGGCAGUAAGGAGGGAAUUAUUUACUACCUGAAGCCCAAUUUCUCUCGCCUCAGCGAUCCCGAAGUUUGGGUGGACGCAGCCACACAGAUUUUUUUCUCUUUAAGUUGCUGUAACGGUGGCCUGAUAGCUAUGUCCAGCUACAACACAUUCAAGAACAACUGCUGUCGUGAUGCAAUUAUCGUUGCAAUUAUCAAUUGCGCCACAUCCGUAUACGCGGGCUUUGUAAUUUUCUCAAAUCUUGGCUUUAUGGCACAAGAAAAAAAUACAACAGUCGCUGAAGUCGCCAGGUCAGGUGAGUAA